CCCAGAUCUCCACUGAGGAUAUAAGCUGCGGCCUGCCAUUCCUUCCCCUAUUGCCGUUCCAUUCUGUGCCUCUGUAACAGUCAGAGGCCUUCGUCUUUCCUCAGGUUGAUUGAACGAUCUGAUCUGCCAUCUAUCACUCAUUCAAGGCCAUGGAGAGCUCGUCAUCUCGCCGUCCCCCGCUGCAGGAGAAGUGCAUCCUGGUUGUCGGCAUGAACCCAGCUCACCAGCGGACCCUCAUCUUCGAGAGAGAUGGGCUGAAGCUGGGCCGGGUCAACCGUGCGCAGCGGGUCAUUACGACGUUUGGCGGCAAGGGACAGCAUGCAGCGGUCGGCGAGGCGCAGCACAGCACUGCACGGCACACUAGAGAGAGGGCCGAUUUUGCGAUUGAAAUGCCAUGAAAUGUGUGUGUGUGUGGUGUCGUUGUGCAGAAGGCCAUCAGUCAGCUCCACCCGGGCGCCUGCAUUCUGCUUCAGGUAGCCUGGUACAGCACACAUCGAUCACAUCAAUCAAUCAUUGGACAGCCCUCUGUCUGUCUGUGUUUGCUGCAGCUCUUGGGUGGGCCAAUCACCGCGUGCACUGCACGGAGCCAUGACACUUCGAUCACUGCUGCUUGUCAUCCAUCGAUCCAUGCCAUGCGUCUUUUCCUUCCGAAGGAGGCCAGUCGGGCAAGGACAUCUGCGCCGCCCUCAGCCAGCUGCCCCUCCACCAGUGGACCUUCUGGUACUCCGAUGCCGAGGCCGCCACCCGGACCUGCACCACCCUCAUUCAGCUGCCAGACCCAUCGUCGCCCGACACCAGCCGACACAAGACCGUCAUGACCGAGCUGAUUGACCCUUCCCCAGAGCUCACGGCGGCCGAAUACGACACCAUAAGGAAUCCCGUGUUGGAUGCGCUGUCCAGCGGAGCAGUUCGGGAGGGUCUCAGGGGAGUGGCCCUGUGUGGGACCUUCCCGCCGGGCAUCCCUUCUGCUUUGUAUGAGGGCAUCGUGCAGGCUGUCGCUGCGAAUGAUGCGGCCGCUGGCGGGGGGACAGAGACCGUCAUUGUGCUCGACGCUUGGAAAGGUACACACACACACACACACACACGAAGAGUGGGUGUCACUGUGUCAUGGCGGGCGCUGUUUCCUACCUGCAGGUGUGUUGCCGUGUCUGUCGCGUCAAGUGGUGCACACUCUCAAAAUCAAUGAGGAGGAGCUGUGGGACCUCUGUGGGGCGGCGCUGCCCGACCACCUCACCAUCAAGACCACGUCGCAGGCUGCAGCCCUCCUCAUCGACAAAUGCAAACUACACGCAGUCGCAGGUGAGUCAUAUCAGAGCCACACUCACACAGAGAGGGGGGGAGGGCGGGAGAGACAACGGCUUCUGUCCCUCCAUCCCUCGCUUGUGUGGCUCAGUGACGGCUGGCGGCAAAUCGGCGGCCCUCUACGUCAGCCAGAGAGAGGGAGGGGAGGGCUCAGCCUCAUCGGUGCGGCUACGUGAGUUCGACUUCACUCUGCCCGACAUAGAGGACCGGCUCAAGAAUCCAAUCGGGGCCGGCGACACCUGCACGGGCGUGUACCUGGCGGAACUCCUCACACACCCAUUCACAAGUACGUGCGCAGACAGACAGGCAGACAUGCAAUUAGUUAAUUGUCGUGGUGCGGUUUGGUUGGCAGGGCUGGGCGAGAUCGAUCCACAAUGGAUAGUGGACGCCUUUCGCAAAGGUCUCGCGGCGGCGUCCGCCUCAUGCCUGCAGUGGACAGGUCAGUGAGGGAUCCGAUCCAUAUCUCUCUCUCUCUCUCUGUGUGUGUGUGUGUGUGACGCCUUUGAGCAGCCUCACGAGUGUUGUGUGUGUCGUGUGUGUGUGUGCGCAGGUGCGUCGUUCGAGCGUGAAGACGUGGAUGCGCUGAUGGCGCAGAUCGCUGUCAAGGAGACUGCACACGAUUGAUGAGCUCAGCUGUGCCGACGAAUUCAUUGGAAGGAUGCAAUGGACAUGUGUCCACUGAUCGAAUGGAUGGAUGGAUGGAUGGGGGGAGGAAGAAAGAGGUCCAAAACUGUCUGUCCUGUCACACAACACACAAAUCACGAAACAUGGCCCAUCCAUCCAUCCAUCCUUGACACAAUCGUCCGUCCGUCACUGCUCGCCAG